AUGUACUGCAAGACGUGCGAUUUGCACAUCAAGGAAUCCUUCGCGGUGUACUGUGAGGAUUGCGGGGGGAAACUCGAGAAGCGUGCGGCGCCGGAAGGCUCAAAGAAUCCAGAAUCCUCUACGGAAAGCGGCGCGUUACCGCGGGUGACCGUCUCCAGAGGAGGGGGGGGUUCGUCGUCAUCGGCGGGCGCCGCCGUCACCCCGUUGUUGAAUGGGGGGAAAUUUGAAUCGGAAGAAUGGGCAGGCAGCGGCGUCCGCGAGCCCUGCCCGAGUUGCGGCCGUCAAUUCGCGCCGGAGGUUUUACAAAAGCACAUCCGCAAGUGCGCGUCGCAGAAGAAGAAGCGCCCGGUGUUUAACAUUCACAAAAAGUGGAUCGAAGGUCUCGAGCCGGUUCCCCGCCGGAGUAACGGCGUCGGUGAUUCCGGACGCAACAAAGCAGGCGGAGGGGGAGUCGUGGCGGCGCCGCCCAAGAAAAACUGGAAAGCCGAGAGUGAGGCCUUCCGACGUGCGCUACGUGAAGCCAAGCAGGUCGAUCAAAUUCUUAAAUCGGGUGGAAACGUGCGAGAUUUGCCGCCACCAACGUAUAGUGAAAAUCCCGAUUACGUGCCUUGCCCUCAUUGUCAGCGCCGCUUUGCCCCGAAGACGGCGGAGCGGCACAUCCCCCACUGUGCAGUGACCAUCAACAAGCCAAAGCCGCCACCCAAGCGAAGAGGCGUCUGA